AUUUAUGCACAUUAAUCUCACAAACUAACUUACCUUGUGAACCAAAUCAAGUACUAUAACUUAUUUUUAGACUUGUUUCUCUGUGUUAAACCUGUCUUACGAGAUGGCUCAAUGGUGCUCCUUGCUUUGUCAUUCCUGUUUCACUGCCAUCAAACCUGUUUGUAAAGGAAGGGUGAACUGUCCUGCCAGUUUGUCCAUUUUAAGAUUUGCUGGAAGAUCACAGUGCUUUUUCUCCUGUAUGCUUGUACGAAGAGGAUGUCUUCUUCUAUAAUUUAACCCUCCCAAGUUCUUUUUGGGCUAUUUUAAAACCUCAGGACUUACAUAACUCACAGCUCAGGGACUCUGACACAACAACCAAAGGUAUUUUUUCUGAAGUUUGCUGUAGAACAGGGCAGAGAGACAUGUCUUCCAAGGCAAAGGGCGACAAAACGGACAAAUCUGAAAAGGCUCUGGCAGCAGAAAAGGAGCAAUUCGUCAAACUACAGCUCCAGAGCAUUGGAAAGUCCAUCACUACUACUGAAGCGGCAAUAAAGGAGAAAUAUGCCCGCAAGAUCCUGUUGGGAACACAUAAAGAAGGUGGAGCUGUAACAUUCUGGUCUCAUGCUGUAAGUCUGCCCUUGGCCAGUAAUGCCAUCCUCAGCUGGAAGUUCUGCCACAUGGUCCACAAGAUCUUGCGGGAUGGCCAUCCCAACACGGUGCGAGAUAGCCGAGGACACGUCCCCAGUGUACGGCAAAUGGGAACCUUAUGGGGAAGCCUCCAUGACCGAUAUGGGCACAUUGUUGCACUGUAUUCAAAGUUCCUGUGCAUCAAAAUCGAGUUCCAUUGUAAGUACAAAGAGAUUCCAGCUAAUCUCGAAACUCCAGAUGAGGUUCUUGAGAGGUUUAUCGCAGCUGACAUCAACAAAGUGUUUGAAACAACUAAUGAGGCACUUGAUUACAUGGAUGCAGCGCUUUUGCUACAGGAUACAGUUUUCAGGCAGAUGGAAUCAAAUUCCACCAGCUCGACCACUUCAGUGGGGCAGUGCCGCCUGUCUCCUCUAGUCUUGGUCAUCCAGGACUGCAGCCCUCUCUGUCACUUCCUUGUCAAACUCCUCUUCAAGCUACACAGCCGUGUACCAGUGGAUGCUCUUCUAGGACAUAGAGAACGUUUCCGUGACCAGUUUGAGAGUCUCACCAAGUUCUUUGAAAAAGCGAGAAGCAUGGAGUUCUUCAAAACUAUCAUCCAGAUCCCUGAUCUACCUGAUUCCCCUCCGAAUUUCCUGCGUGCCGCAUCACUGGCUGAAUAUGUCAAACCAGUGGUGGUUCCAAAUCAACAGCUGCCUGAAGAUGAUGACACAGAGACUCAGCUGGACUUCACUGAAGGCCCUGGAUACCAAAUGUUUUAUGCAUACAACCAAUAUGAUCCACCAAAUGAUGUACCUGUACAAAGGGAGAGUGAAGUGGUGUCUUUGAGGAAGGAGCUGGAAGCGGUGAAGCCUGAAAUCCAGAUCUUUAAAGCAGAGGCCCAGCGUGCUGUGAUCCAGCUGAAGGAGCAGGUGAAUAAGUUGGAGGCGGAGGUGGAGGAGCAGCGAACCCAUAAGCAGAUGGCUCUGGUGGAGAAUGAGCAUCUCCGGAUGGAGGUGGAUGCGCUCAGAACCCAGACCGCAGUGGCCGCCAGCAUACAGGCCACCGCUGAGGACGCAGGCAGCCGGGCACAGACUGCCCAGAUUCAUUUCUCUCGACUUAAAGAAAAGCAUGCUGAGCUGGUCACCAGACAUGCCGACCUCAUGAGAAAGAAUACAGACACUGUGAAGCAGCUAACCAGCACUCAGCAUGUCCAGGAGGAGCUGGUGAGGGCCAAACAGCAGAUGGCUGAAGAACUGGAGAAGCUCAAGCAGGAAAACAGCAUGAUGCUUGAAGCACAGAAGGCAGAAAUCGUUCGAUUGAAGCAGGAGCUGCUGAGUGGGAAAGCUGAAAUAACACAAGUUCAGAGCGCCCUGCAGACCAAAGAAAAGUCUGGAGACCAGCUGAGCAGUCUGUUGGUGGGGCUGCAGACGGAGAAAGAGAUGCUGUUACGCUCUAUGAAAGAACAGGAGGCUGAACUCGCCAACCUGCGCCAGGCUACCCAGCUUCACCAGGCCACUCUGCAGCAGGAGAGAGAGAAGAGCCAGUGGGAGACAAGUUCACUGCAGAACCAGCUGCAGGAAAAAGUGAGUCGGGAGCAGGAGCAGCAGCUGGAGCUGGAUAAACUGAGAAGAGAGCUGGAGUUAAAAAGAGUCGAGGCAUUGAGUGCCCAGAGUGCUCUUCAUACUAAAGAGGCAACUGGAGACCAGCUGAGCAGUGUGUUGGUGGGGCUGCAGACGGAGAAGGAGAUGCUGCUACGCUCUCUGAAGGAGCAGGAGACUGAGCUCGCUAACCUGCGUCAGGCUGCCCUCCUACACCAGACCACCCUUCAGCAGGAGAGAGAGAAGAACCAGAGGGAGAUGAGCUCCCUGCAGAACCAGCUGCAGCAGAUACUGCGGCGGGAGCAGGAUCAGCAGCUGGAGAUAUCCAGGCUGAAGCGAGAGUUAGAGGAGAUGAGAGCGCAGGCCUUUAAUGCUCAGAGUGCUCUUAACAGUAAGCAAUCGGUUGGAGAGGAGAUGAGCGGUGUGUUGGUGGGGCUUCAGGCGGAGAAGGAGGUACUGCUGCGCUCAGUUAAAGAGCAGGAGGCUGAGCUGGUUAACCUGCGCCAGGCGGCUAAGCUGCACCAGGCCACUCUGAUACAGGAGAGAGAGAGGAGCCAGAGAGAGACCAGCUCCCUGCAGAGCCAGCUGCAGGCCAAGUCAAGUCGGGAGUCCGUGCUGCAGCAGAAGCUGCAGGAGGAGCAGUUCUGCCUGCUGCAGUGUGCCGUGGUGGAGGCUGAGGGCAUCAUCCUGGACGCCAUGGCCAAAGUGGACGACCCCGUUCAUGUACGCUGCAUUUCCACUCCAGAGUACCUGAUCAACCGGGCCGAGACCACCCUGGUCUCCAUGGACAAGAUGCAGCAGAGCCACGCUGGAUACCUGAGAAACAUGGAUGAUGCCAGUGGGUUGUUAAGAGCAGUGACCCAGUUCUCUCACCUCGCUGCGGACACUAUAGUUAAUGGAGCUGCCACUGCCCACUCUGUGCCCACUGACCAAGCUGACCGGCUGACAGAUAACUGCCGAGACUGUGCCACUCACUGCCUUCAGUUCCUUAAAGAACUCAAGCUGAAGCCCACCCUGCUGCGAGCUGACCCCACUGCCAUCCGCUAUGUGAUACAACGCAUCCUCAACCAAGGCCAUGACCUGAGACGCAAAGAUGCAGACAUUCAGAAAGCAGAGCUGGCGGACAUGGUGGAUAUGGAGAUGGCUGCUACUUCCAGCGCUAUUGAGGAUGCAGUUCUAAGGAUGGAUGAAAUUCUAAGCCAAGCAAGAAGAGAUACUUCUGGACUGAAACUGGAGGUUAACCAAAGUAUCAUCGGUUCCUGCUCUGAUCUGAUGAGAGCCAUUCACAUGCUGGUAACCGCUGCCACAGAUUUACAGAAGGACAUUGUGGAGAGUGGUCGGGGAGCGGGUUCUAUUAAAGACUUCUACGCCAAGAAUUCCUGCUGGACUGAGGGACUCAUCUCAGCCUCCAAAACUGUAGGAUGGACUGCCACUCAGAUGGUUGAGUCUGCUGACAAAGUAGUGACAGACCAAGGCAAAUACGAAGAGCUGAUCGUGUGCUCACAUGAGAUUGCUGCCAGCACUGCCCAGCUAGUGGCUGCCUCUAAGGUAAAAGCUGACCGAAGCAAUAAGAAGCUCCACACGCUGCAGCAGGCCUCGCGUCAUGUGAACGAUAUGGCAGCAGUCGUCGUGAGUUCAACCAAGGCUGGACAGAUGCAGAUCGAGGAUAAGAGCCCUAUGGAUUUCUCAAGCAUGUCCGUGAUCAAACUGAAGACGGAGGAAAUGGAAUCUCAGGUGCGAGUUCUGGAGCUGGAGUCGAAGUUGUCGCGUGAGCGUGAGCAUCUGGGGGAGCUGAGAAAGAAGCAUUAUGAACUGGCUGGGUCUCCUCUGGAUCUGCCUGCACAGAGAAACUACGAUAGCUUUGGGUUGCCCUCAGUUCUGCCCGAGCUACCACUGCCCGACCCACCAUACCCCGAACCGUCACUGCAAUUCUCAAUGCUGCAGGAUCUGCCUUUACCAGAUCCACCACUGCCAGAACCGCCCAAAACCGAACCGGCCAAACCCGAGCCUGCGAGAACCUCAUCAUCCAAACGGUCCAUCUUUCACAAACCUGGCUCCAUCUUUAAGAGCGCAUUCAGGUGAGGACUAUGGGAAGUGAAAAGGACCAUCUGAAACAAACAUGACCACACUUUUUCUAUUACAUGUCAUUUUUCAGACAUGUCAUCUGUCAAUCAUGUAAAAUUAAAGAGUUAAAAAGGGUAUGAAUGAUACAGCAGGUUCAGGCAUUCAGUAAUUUGUUGUAAAAUUAUCUAUACCAUUGUUAUUACAGCUUUACUGAAUAUGGCAUUUUAUUUUUAAACUUUGUAUUAAUAAAAAUAAGUCUUAGAAAAGAUGUCAACACUAUAAUCAUGUUUAAAUAAAUUGUAAAUUGCUUGCUCUUUGAUUGUCUUUAUAAAUGUGAAUAAAUGUGCCAGUGUGAAUCUUAUU